CCCGCACGCUAAUCUGCCAUGUAUAGCUCGUAACUGUAGGGAUAGGGAUCUGCCAACUUUAUGGUGUUUCGCGAAAGACACUAGGAUAUCGAACUACAAUACCAGACGGAUACAAAGGAGACCCUUUCAAGCUUUUCACACCGCAGCUGAGUCUUAAGUCGCAGCUUGAGUGGAUUUUCUUCCUCCUGCUUCCAUUAGCAACAGGAUGUAUGAAAAUUAGCCUUUUGUUAUUUUAUAAGCGCGUUUUCGUAAUACAGAAACAAAGCGGCAUCAACAAAUUCCUUAAGGCAUUCAUUGUACUCACUGUUGUGUGGAUCACGGCUUUCCUUUUCACGAUAUUUUUUCAAUGUGGUCGGAACCUUUGGGCUAUCUGGGGUUCUCAAGUGGAGGUCCAGGCAUAUUGCUUUAGCAACACGAAGCUUAUCCUUUCUCUGUGCAUCACUGACUUUAUUGCGGAUGUUUUUAUCAUAUCUAUCCCAAUUCCACUGGUCCUGCGGUUACAACUAUCCCCCAGCAAGAAGCUGGGAGUCUGCCUAGUAUUCCUCCUCGGAGCUGGUACUUUAGUCGCUUCGAUCAUACGGUUCGUACUAAUGGCAGGACGCUAUCUAGGAACUGCUAAUUUCAUGAAUGAUAGCGUUCUUGGAACAACAGCAUGUCUCUAUUGGGGAAUGAUUGAAAGCGGUGUUGGAGUUUUAGCCGCUUGCUUGCCAGUUAUCAAUUUUCUCCUCAAGAAAAGGAUUUGGGAGCCGGCCCUUCGAUCUACGAGAAGCAUAUUCAGCUCCCAAUCUACCCAGUCGACUAGCGCGUCAUGGGUUGACGAGACCCACCAAGACUUUAUCCGUGUCCAGCAGACAAUCUACGUUACCUACGAUCGACUUCCUGACAGCUCUAACCGCUCAACGUCAGCGAACUAUUUUCCGUCUACAUCUGUCACACGGCCUAAGCUGCCAAGAGCUGUUGGAAUAUUUAAGGCGAUUAAUAGUAGUAAUAGGAUAGGUGUAAGGGAAAUUAUUGGGUAUAAUGUAUUAUGUGGAGAUGCACGAGUUGGGUACCUGCAUUAAUAUUGGAGAUAUUUCGGUGCUUAGGUUAUAAAAUAUAUAUUUUAGAACGUUUAUAAAUAGGUUUAAAUCUCGUAUUUCGAAAGAAAGGAAGAGAUUAUGGCUUUUAAGAUUAUUAAAAAAUUAUUAUUAAAUU